AUGGCCCUCUUCCAGGACCAUCCCAAAUCAUCCCUCCUUCACACCCCUCCCAACGUCGUCUCGGCCUCAGAACACUCCCAAAUCGCAGCCCUCCUCCCCUCCUUCCUCGCCUCCCUCAAAGCCCUCAACCUCGACCUGUCCACUGCUAGAGCCCACAUCUCUAAGCCUCUCCGUCCCUUCUGGAUCACCCAGGAAACGUCCCUUUCGGAAACGUCCACCGUCUUCGAACAUCACCACCCCGUCAUCUGCCUGACCUCGUCCCGCCGCGUCGCCGGCACGGAGCUCUCCGAAGCGGGCUACAUUCAGGGCGCCGGCGACGACACGGAGAACUGGGCCCUCGGUCUCACCGCGGACGUCUUCUGGUCCAACGUGGACACGCUCCUCUCGGCGCCCGAGGCGGACCUGCCGGCUCUCGUCACGGAUCUCGUCGCCAGGAGCAAGCAGACCGUCAAGACCACGGCCCCGAAAGAGGUCGCCCCUAAAAUCUCCGUAUGCCCCCUCCCCCUAGACGAUGAUUCUGAUUCACCCGAGGACGCAGCGGCCGUGUGCAGGGUCGCACUCACACAAGACGUGACACAGCGCGAGACGUGGGUGAAAUCCUCGAGGCACAUGCAGGUUGACCUCGGGAAGCACAAGGUCGCCAGCCGGAACCUCCGCCAGGCACUUCCCGACGUCUGCGCCUUCGUAUCGCGAUUCUUUGACGAGAACAGGGACGGUAGCGUCGUGUUCGCGUGCGAGACGGGCAAGGACCUGGCCAUUGGUGCGGCGCUGGCCGUCUAUUGCUGGUGUUUCGAUCAGGAGGGCAACUACCGCGCGGCAGACUCCAAGACUUUCUUCAACAAGGACAUGAUCCGCGUCAGGCUGGGAACUAUCAUGACCACGUACCCUGAAGCCAAUGCCAAUAGGGCCACUCUGCAAAGCGUGAACAGCUUCCUCAUGGAUAGGAGAUGA